CAAGUGCCGAUGAAGAUAAUAUGGAGUUUUCAAAUAGACGAUGAAUUCCCAGCACGAGUUGAUAAACAAGAAAUAAUGAAUUCACAGAUUAAUUCAGAAGGCACUACUGAUGAAGACGGUAAUAUUGCAAAACCUGGCUAUUCGACGACCAGCGACCCAACGCCAAUGCCUGAACCACAAGCGGCUACACAUGAGCCAAGUAAUGUGACGCUGUUCAGUAACAGUAUGGGCCGGGAAAGUGUAGAUACCUGGUUCGAGGUGGACUUGCCAUUCUCCAUAGAACCCGUCAAGGAUUGUUUGAAACCGGGCCAGUCUAGAGUCUUCAAAGUGACGUUCGCACCUCUAGACGCAUUCGAUUUCAAAGUGCGUCUCAAAAGUACCAUAGAUAAUCUCGAUCCUUACGAUCAGAACAUAUCAUGCAAACUCACAGCGCGGUCAGUGAUCCCAUACGUUCACCUGGACAUAGAAGAAAGUGACUACGUGACAUCAGGCAGGAGGAAGAUCACGGGGGUCGCAUUGCCACCUUAUCUUACUGUACUGGAGUUCAAUGUCUUGGGAUCAGGAUGUUACAAAAAGACGUUCAAUGUGAUAAAUCCGACAAGCGAAGCGUAUGAGUUCAUAUUUGAAAUGGUGAUGUCUGACAAGCCGGAGCUGAUACCGGUUCACUGCAACAGCUUGAAGGGAUACGUGGAAGGAGGCACUUCUUCUGAAGUUACCUUUACAUUCUCUCCUACAGCUCCCGGGGUAACGUAA